UCAGAUUAGCCAAUCAAAGCUUUUGUUAAAAAGGCGGUCAACGUACAGCGCCAUAUUCAAUUCUUCACAGUGGCCGGAUUUUUGGAGACUUUGAUGCCUUGAGAGCAUCUAUUCAGCAUAAUUCAAAAUGGAUGGACCGGUAGAUGAACCAAAUCAACCAAUGGAGACCGAUGCCGAAUCACAAGAGAAUAAAGAAAAUGAGCCUUCUCCAAGCCAGGCUGGCAUUCCUCAAACCAAAAGUCCCGAAGCACCCAUGGACACUUCCCAGACCAGCGUCGCCAAAGCGCCAUCUCCGGACGAGCCCAGGCUCAUGAUUUCCAAGAUUGUUACCGAAAACUUCAAGUCCUAUGCCGGGAAGGUCUCUCUUGGACCAUUUCACAAGAGUUUCUCUUGCAUCAUCGGACCCAACGGGAGCGGCAAGUCCAACGUGAUCGACUCCAUGCUGUUUGUGUUUGGCUACCGUGCCGCCAAGAUCCGCUCCAAGAAGCUGUCUGUCCUAAUCCACAAGUCGGAGCAGCACCAGAACCUGACCAGCUGCUCCGUGGCGGUCCACUUCCAGAAGAUCAUCGACACUGGGCCUGGUGACAAUGACUACAAGGUGGUGCCUAACAGUGCCUUCGUAGUUUCCCGCACCGCCUAUCAAGACAGCAGCAGCAGUUACUACGUGGACGGCAAGAAGGCGUCCUUCAAGGACGUCACGGCCCUGCUGAAGCUGAGCGGCGUUGACCUGGAUCACAACCGCUUCUUGAUCUUACAGGGCGAGGUGGAGCAGAUAGCCAUGAUGAAGCCCAAGGCCCAGACGGAGCACGAGGAGGGCAUGCUGGAGUACCUGGAGGACAUCAUCGGGAGUAACCAGUUCAAGGAGCCCAUCGAGGAGCUGGCCAAGACGGUGGAGCAGCUCAACGAGGAGCGGGGAGAGAAGUUGGGUCGUGUGAAGGCAGUGGAAUCGGAGAUGGAGCAACUGGAGAAACCCAUGAAGGAGGCCCAGGAAUUUCUCAGGACGGAGAACGAAAUCACCAAGAAGAAGCACAAACUUUUCAGCAAAUAUGUCCUGGACUGCAGCAUAAAUGAGAGGAAGUCGGAGGAGAAACGCGAGAAGGUGGCAGAAGCCUACAAGGAGAUGAAGGAGGAGCUGGCCAAGUUUGCCGAGGACAACAAGGCCAAGACCAAGGACAGCAAGAAGAUCUUCAGGACGUACGAGAAACUGUCCGAGAUUGCCGAGCAGAAGAAGGCGGACUUUGCCGAGUUUGAGCAGCAGGACGUGAAGUGCAGGGAAGACCUGAAACACACCAAGGAGAAGCAGAAGAAACUCAUCAAGAGCCUGCAGAAAGAGAGGGUCAAGCUGGAGGAGCUGCGAGCUGUCCCCGCCAAGAGUGAGCAGGAGAUUGCGCAGCUGGAGGCCGGCAAGGAGACCCUGGAGAAGAGGCUGAAGGCAGAGGAGGCCAAGAUGGGGGAGAUCAUGGCCUCGCUGAAGACAGAGACCCAGGACCUGCAGGCCGAGAAAGAUGUGAAGGAGCAGCAGUUGAUGGGCAUGCAGAAGGCCGUCAACGAGGCCAAGUCCAAGAAGGCCGAGGCCGACUUUGAGCUGGACACCCAGGUCAGGAAGCGGGACAGCGCCAGGGCCAAGCUGGAGAAGGCCCGGACCGACCUGGAGAAUGCCACUGCCACCCUGGCCGAACGCAAGAGCUCCAUCAAGGAACUGGAGCGCCGGAUCCCUGAUCUCCAGAAGCAGCUGCCCAAGGCCCAGGGUGAGCUGACUGCUGCCAAGCAGUCGGAGGCCCAGGCCUCCCAGGAACUGCACGCCCUGGUCAGCAAGGUGGAGGAGGCCCGCAGCUCCCUGCAGUCGGCUCGGGACCGGGGGGCGGUCCUGGAGGGGCUGAUGGAGCAGGCCCGACGAGGCAGAAUCCCAGGCAUCUACGGCAGACUGGGGGAUUUGGGAGCCAUCGAUGACAAGUAUGACGUCGCCAUCUCCACUGCCUGCGGUGCGCUGGACAACAUCGUGGUGGACACCAUCGAAACGGCUGAGAAAUGUGUCAAGUUCCUGAGGGAUAACAACGUGGGCGUGGCCACUUUCAUUGCAAUGGAUAAGAUGGAAGAGCGAGCUCGGAGUGCAAAAGAGAAGUUCACAGCCCCGGAGAACGUUCCCCGCCUGUACGACCUGGUGCGCAUGAAGGACGCCAAGUUUGCCGGGGCCUUCUACUACGCGCUGGGCAACACCCUGGUGGCCAAGGACCUGGACCAGGCCACGCGGAUCGGCCUACAGGGCAGCAAGCGCCACCGCGUGGUCACAUUGAACGGACAGCUGAUAGAGGCCACAGGCACAAUGAGCGGCGGAGGCAAACAGGUGGCCAAGGGACGCAUGGGCUGCGCCAUGGUGGUGGACGUCACGCCCGAGCAGUUUGCCGCCAUGGAGCGGGAGCUGGAGGCCAAGCGGGCCGCCACGGCCGAGUGCCGGGACCGGCUGCGGGGGCUGGAGCAAGGCGCCCACGAGCUGGAGAAGGAGCUGAACGAGGCCAAGGUGACGCUGAAGAAGCACAACAUGGACAUCAAGGCUAAGGCCGAGCAGGAAGUGACACUGAGAGACCAGAUAAAGGAGCUUGAGGCGGAAUACAAAAACUCGGUCAAAGACGUCGACAUGGACGCACUGGAGAAGAACGCUGCCAAAUACACCAAGGAGUACAACAAAGUGGCCGAUGCCGCCGCCAAGGUGGAGGCAGAGGUGAAGGCCCUCCACGACCGGAUCAUGGAGAUAGGCAGCGCUAAGAUGAAGUCCCAGCAGGCCAAGCUGGACAAGGUGACCAAGGAGAUCGACGAGACCACGGCCGGCAUCACCAAGGCCAAGGUGGCCAUCAAGAAUGCCAAAAGGAACAUCAAGCGGGCAGAGGAGAGCGUCGAGACGAUGGAGAAGGAGGAGAAAGAGAACGCCGAGACGAUGCGGAAGAUUGAAGUAGAGUUCAAACGACUCGAAGACGACGCCACAAGAGUCUUGGAGGCAUUCCGCGAGGCCGAGAUGCAGAUGAAGGACAUGGAGGGGCAGCUGGAGAAGAGCAAAGUGGAGCUUGAGAAGCUGCAACAGGAAGAGGCGGAGAUCAAGAAGCGGCAGGUGGAGGUCAAGCACGAGCUGGAGAAGUACGACUCGCUGGUCAAGGAGAACCAGCAGAAGGGCAAACACUGGAAGAAAGAGCUGGGCAAGCUUGAACUCCACGCUCUGGUGGGCGAGACUCCGGAAACCCUAGAGGCACUGAGCGAGGAGCAGCUGGCCGGCAUUGACACGGAGGAGGUGCAGUACGAGAUCACAGUCUGCGAGGAGCAGCUGGCCAAGAUGAGCCCCAACCUGGCCGCCAUACAGCAAUACAAGAAAAAGGAGGAGGCCUAUCUGGCCCGGGUGGCAGAGUACGACGCCCUGACCGAGACCCGCAAUGCCCAGCGCCGGGCCCUGGAGGACAUGCGCAAGCAGCGGCUGGACAUGUUCAUGAGGGGCUUCGGCUCCAUCAACGAGUACCUGAAGGAGAUGUACCAGAUGAUCACACUGGGCGGGGACGCCGAGCUGGAGCUGGUGGACAGCCUGGACCCUUUCUCCGAGGGUAUCGUCUUCAGCGUUCGACCCCCUAAGAAGAGCUGGAAGAACAUCUGCAACCUGUCGGGCGGGGAGAAGACGCUGAGCUCCCUGUCGCUGGUCUUUGCCCUGCACCAGUUCAAGCCCAACCCGCUGUACGUCAUGGACGAGAUAGACGCCGCCCUGGACUUCAAGAACGUCUCCAUCGUGGGGCACUACAUCAAGGAGCGAACCAAGAACGCACAGUUCAUCGUCAUCUCGCUGCGCAACAACAUGUUUGAGCUAGCUGACCGGCUGGUGGGCAUCUACAAGACCCACAACUGCUCCAAGACGGUCUCCGUCAAUCCCCGCAAGCUGGCCGCCCAGCUGCCACAGGUGGACCAACAGCAGCAGCAGCAGCAGCAGCCCCCUAUCACCUGCCCCUGAUGGCACAAAAGCCCAGCCCUGGACAGGUGAAGAUGAAAACUCGGUCAGAAUAUAGCAGGUGGGCAGAUUCACUCAGACGUGCAACAUUUCCGGGGAUCACUGGGAAAAAUCACAAAUUGACUGCUGUUAACAAAUCGAAAAAUACUUGACAAAACAAGUCUGGUGCAAGGUGGACUUUUUGGAGUUAAUAGGGAAAUAACCAAUAAUACCUUGUUAAAUAUCACUAAAAAAAAUCCUUCAAUUAGAAACACGUUGCAUGAGUUGGCCAGAAUGUUUCCGGAAAAGAGUACAUUUGCAGGCAAGCUUAUUUCCAAAAUGUCAUUUUUAUGAAGACAAGCACUGAUUGCUUUUUUCUAGUGAUGCAUUCCAUCUAUUGUAGCCAUGGUACCAUCUGUUAGCUCAUUUCAACCUAAUGUCUCCAAAUAUCCAGGCCAAACAUUAAAGUUUCAACAGG